AUGUCAAGAAAACAUCAAGAUCGUUGGAGAGGCCAACCUGCAGUGUACAGUAGCUGGAAUUGGAAUGAUCAAGUGUAUGGAAGAAAUGGUUAUGUUCCAACCGGAAAUGGAAAUUGGGAGAAACCCCAUAUUCCGUUUUUCGGAGAUGAAAUUUCCAAAGUAUCCCAAUCGGAGGUUUCCAACUCCGAAAGUCAUCAUCGUGUGCAGAAGGAAACAGAAGAAAACGUCAACAAAGAAGAGAAGAAUGAGGAAGUCACACAACAAGAGAUUCCAAAGGAUAUUCUGGAAGAUGUUCAACAGAUGCAAGAAGAUCAACUCUAA